AUGACGUGGAAGGCUACAAAACGAGGCAGUGACAUUCCCCAAUUUAGUCUUUGUGGUAACGCUUCCGUUCUCUCUCUUCCUGGCGCUGCAGGGGACGGCGUGGCGGGGGUGAGGAACUGCCUGCUGGCGCGACAACUCUGCGCUGACGACAUCUCCUGCCACUCUGUGCUGGAGAUUAUCCCGCGGCUCUGUGGCCCUGAGAAUGUGGCGUGCUCGACUGUGACGGUGGACAAGUGCCUGGCCGCCCUGCGCACCAUCCUGGGCUUCCCUUACUUCCAGCCCACCUGUCUGUGCCGCGAACCUCACCUGGACAGGGAGUGCAACGUCUUCAGGGAGUUCAUCUUCGACCAUCCGUGCAACUUCGUGAAGAAUAGGAACGAGUCACCAUACGCCGUGCACGCCCUGCCCCUCUGCGAGUACGCCCUCACCACGUGCGACAAGCUGCCAGGAUGCAUGAACUUGUACGACGGUUUCAGGAACGCGUGCAGGGUGAGGGACGACCAGUGCAGGAUGACAGACACGAACAGUUGUCUCUCUGCCUGGACCAAGCUCAAGAUGUCCCCGAUGUACGGUUGCAUCUGUCCCAACGAUCGACAGAAACGCAGGUGUGAGAAGAUCUUUAGGAGAGUUCAUAAGAAUCCCUGCGUGGAUGAGUUUCCCGCCUCCUCUGCACUCCCCUCUCCCGGCCAGGGGGUGUGGAGGCUAAUGCUGCCCCCACCCCCCACUCCUCGGCCACGCCUCCCUCCUCUCCCUCCUCCUCCCCCUCCCUAUCGCCCCCCUCACCACUUCCCCCGCCCCCAACCCUGGGCUGCCGUCCCCUACCCCCCGCAUGUCACCUCUAUCACCGCCCGGCCCCCGCCUGCAUACUCGGCACAAACGCACAAUGUACUCACCGUAGAUCGCCUCACCACCACCACCACCACCACCUCCUCCUCGCGGACCGCCGGUAACUCUCAUGGGUCAUUUCCAGUCAGCGUUAUUCCCUCCGAUAACUCGAGCCACCACGCCGUCGACACCCAAAUACAAAGUCCCCUGAUGGAGUCCGGCAACGGAGGGGGACGGCGACUGAACGCCUCCCGUGCCGCCAACGUGCUGGGUAAUGCUUACGACCUCCAACCCACCGACCCGCACGCAAGACACACGCAGCUGCCGGCCAUUCGCCCCCCCGUCCUGCACUCGACCUGCCACACGGUGCUGCAGGGCUGCAACAAAGACCCCGUGUGCAGGACCCUCCUCGACCCCGUGCUGGCCGUGUGUGACGCCAACAACUGCAACCGAGAGGCGUGUAUGCAAAAAGUGCAGACCUUCUACAGGAACGUCGUCUUCAAGUGGGCUCUCAAAGUAGCAUUCUGUCUCUGCAUGAAGAGCAGCUCAGAAAAGGACCGGUGUGUGAUGGCGCAGGAGAAGCUCCACCCGUCCUGUGCCCGCAAGCCCGCCGGCGUGGCUCCCAUGCUGUGCAACCGGCUCGCUGCCGCCUGCAAGGAUGACAUUACCUGUAGGCCACGCUUGGAGUUCUACGAGCAAACCUGUGCAGUGGACAGCGACACACAGCGCUGCGCAGGCUCUACGGCUGAGUGUCGCCGCGCAGUCCUGGGCAUCCUGGGUACGCAGCUGCGCAACCUGUGUUCGUGCAACGCCUCGGAUCCCCGCGAAAUGUACACUUGUAUGGACUGGCAGCGCAUCCUCUGGUACAACCCAUGCAUCGUCGAGUCUCAGACAGACUACCACCGCGAGAUGCUGAAGCCGUUGGGCCCCGAGGCGGAGGUCACCACCACUCACAGCAUGUUCUUGCCCACCACCGUCACCAUGGAUGUAAUAGACGGGGCGGUCAAGGACAACGCCAGCCCCUAUGAUCCGGCCGUCAUCCACCCAACCUCCUCCUCACCCUUCCACACCCCACCCUACACCUUUCCCCACUCCACCCACUACCCGUUCACCCUCCCAUCCACCACCACCACGACCACCACCACCACCACCGCAGCCACCACCACCCUGCCGCCCAAAUACUGCGAGAAGAGACACGCCAACGAUGACACGAUAGACUACAUCGAGGAGGGCUGGGGCAAGCGCUUCUACAAGGGCGAGGAGUGUUCGGAGCUCUGCCUCUGUCACACGGAAGAGAAGCUGGCGUGCAGUGUGCUGGAGUGUGUGGAGGCGCGGCCCUGCGAGACUGACUACGCAGUGUAUACCCACGCCGCCCCUGCCUACCAAGCCGCCCGUGGGGAGUGCUUCUGCUACUCCGGUGCUUUCAUCUGCGUGAGGCCGCCCAAAGGGAGCUACGACCUCAACUUCGGGGUGUAUCUGUUCCUGGGCUACAGCAAGGCGGAGGAGCAGCUGCUGAGGCCGUACACCAAGCUCUCCCUCGUGGACGCCGCCAUGAACAAGCUGGGAGACAUCGUGCAAGAAUCCAACUCCAUUAUCAACGGGCGUGACCGAAGAGUAAGUGGCCCGGACUUCCAACACACCAAGUCAUCGUGUCGGCUGGAUCGGAUGCUGCACGUCAACGAGAACAUCAUCCUGCAGGCCACGCUGGAGGAGUUCGAGGACUCGCGGGACAACAUGUCCUUUGCGAUGCUGCAGCGGGAGAAGGAAGCCUGUGAAGAGAUAGUGACGGAGCUGGGCCAGAAGAUCAACUCGCACGCCCGGGAGGUGCGCGAGGACAUGGCGCUGUCAGUGUUGAUCCUGGCGGAGGUGCAGGUGCACAUGCCGCCCGUGCCGGACGCCGCCGCAUUGUGCCGCUGCUCGCCACACCUCCUGCUGCUCCUCGCCACCUUGGCUUCGCUACACCACACGCUGCUGGCGUCCUGAUACAAGUGGCUGCCUAUGCUUUCAGUUUAUUAGAGUUGCCUAGGUAGCAUUUUGUUACUAAGUUGUGCAUUUGUGAAGUGCAUGAUAAAGUCAGUUGCCCCAGAGCGGGCGAAGGAAGCACCUUGUGGCCAGUGGCUUCUACGGACCCUGUCAAUCUUUGUACCAUUUUUUACCUCACCAAAACGCCUCACCGGCCUCUGGCCAGUCAGUCUAUGCGCCCCGCCGCGUCCCUCAGGGGGCUCCACGCGGGCCUGCGGUGCAGGAGACACCCUUACAGAACAUUUUGCAUGAUUCGUUCAUUCAUCGAUCAACAUUAUUGAUGAUUUUACAAGUACGACUUUUUUUCCAAGAACAUCAUGAAACUGUCAUGUGCAUAAGAACAUUUUUUUAUGAUUUGUUAGACACUUGGAUUCUCUUGAAGUGGUUUACAUGGGAUGUGUUAGUGAAGGAGGAGGGAGUGUUGGUGGCAUGCUCACUGCCUUACUGUACCAUUCCCUGAGCCUCGGAGACCCGCCUUCGCGGCCCCCGAACGCUCUCACCCGCGGUGGAUCAUUUUGUUCUGUUGGUCACUCUCCAUUUGUUCACUUCCGCUACCACCAGCAUGCAGGGGACCACACAACUCUUUCUGCCAAGUUGACUUUCAGUAAAAUACUCAGCUAAAUUAUGAUCAUCCCUGGAAGUAAGAUUGCUGUAUGAAUAGACUGCCAAGUAGACCUCGGAAGCCCCUGUGGAGGAGAAAGGUUGUGUGCCUCAAGGUUGGUUGAGCCGUCCAGCAGGGUGACCUUGGGAGCGGCUGGCGCCCCCACCCAGACUGACAGACACACGAACACGGCACACCAGCCACACUCACCGGACAGCCACUGCUUCACACUGGACACUUCACGACGCCAACGCGACAGGCUGUUGGCGACGAUGAUGCGGCUUUCCUUGUUCCCUCGAGACAUGACUGUGCUGGACAGAGUGAUCGUCAGCACGCAUUGCCUUAUAAAUUUUGUAAAUGUUCCACUCACUCCUCCCUUGGAAGUGUUCGAUGGCUGAUAACUGUGACGCCAAGAAUCACCGUCACCUUCCCCGGACCAGCAGCUUCCCCGACCCGCCGUCUUGUGUGUUCUUUUGUGUUUCACGCAGUUUCAUGUUUAAUCUGCCGUAAACAAUAUUUCAGUAUUUUCACUGAGUUUCAGAGUUGUUUUUUUGUUUAUCAAACAACUAUUAAGUUGGUGAAAUAAGUAUAAGACAUUUUUAUUACUAGAUAGGCUGUACAUUGUGUGCAAGCUUGUCAACGUGAAAGUGUAAACUGUGUACUCAGCAAACUGCUGCACACCCUCGCCCCACGGCGCUGAGCAGCUGUCCGGCCGCGUCCAUCACGCCAGGCUUGCCGUCUCACACUGCCUUGAAUAAAUAAAUGUUUAAUAUAGUUCCCCUUGCAACUGUAACCCUCUUAUUGGCGAAUAUCUGGCUAACCAUGGCUGGGCCCUGAUGCCACAGCCACAGACGACAACACGUGGGCGGCGCCCCCACGCGCCGGUCCCCUGGCGGCCGCCGGGACAGCCUCUCCGCCGUGGCGCGCGGCCGUGCGUCUGCUCAUGUACAGAAGUUAUCUAGUGUCACUACGGUGGGUUUUGCUGGCAGUUUACAAAAGUAUGAUUCUUUUGAAUUAAAGUUAUGUUUUUUUACCUGCUCAUAAUUACUUUUCUUGGUUGGCGCGUGGUAGUUCACGACCCUGCAGGGAAGGGGGCUAUGCCCCCCUCGGUGCCGCCACUGGCUGCUGCAGGGCGCGGACUCACCGGAAAUACAUGUAAAUUGUUGAAAUGCGAUAUUUUUAACGUGUUGGUCCUUCGAGAAGGGGCAGCACACGUUAGGGGGAGCCACGCCCCCACUGCCUCGGCGCGGCGUGCCCGGCCAGUGGGAGUGGCGGCUGUGCCCCGAGGAGGGUCGUUGCCUGACGCCAUCCCGGCCAGAAGUGGGCAAUUGCCUCUUUCAUUAUUCUGUAAAGCAGAUACUCCUAAGUGAAGCAAGUUGUUGUUGGAGCAGCACAAAAGUUUAUUGAAACAUAAAAAGAGAUAGCCUAAAUGUUCUGUAAAUAUUGUAGUAUAAAUAUAUAUAUUGUUAUGUACAUGGAAAUGUACAAGUUCACGUUGAAUAUUGUAUUAAAAGAUACAGAGAUGUGUACUGUACUUCUCUACUCAAAAGGUUUCACUGGAAAAGCCCGACACUCACUCGGCGACACUCACCACGUACCCUCACUCGUGACAGUAGUGCCCACACACGAGCCGGCCGUCCCCAACGACUGCCGCGCUGCUGCUAUUCCUACAUCAGGCAAGGCUGCUUGUCUACUGGGACGUGCACCUUCCACUCUCCACCUUCACACUCGCCCUGUGCCCCCACACCUGUACAUAGUGCAGGACUCGGCCCCGCUGCGGCGCAGCCACGUUCAGCCUCGGACACGCAAGGCCUCGCAGAGAAGAUUAAGCUAACUUGCGGAACUUGCUUAUAUAUAUAUAUAUAUAUAUAUCUAUAUAUAUAUAUAUAUAUAUAUAUAUAUAUAUAUAUAUAUAUAUAUAUAUAUAUAUAUAUAUAUAUAUCAGACUUGAAACACAGUAAAUAAUUUUUUUUUAUUAUUGAUGACAAGAUAUGUCAGCCCCGGCGGGAAGAUAAAUUCGUGGCAUCCCUCUGGUGGCCGUGACCGCGCCUUGUGUCCACAAGCGUCAGCAACUUCGGAAACUUUUUUCUGAUCUUGCCAAGGGAAGGGGCUGCCGAGGCCUGAGCGGGGCCGAGUUCUUUCUCCACGCUGGCACUAAACAACGGUACUCGCCAGUGUCUUUCCUGUUAUACCUUUUCCCAUUUUCUUCCAUCAUUAUUUGUUCCUUAAUAUCGACUCUCCUGUUUCCUCCUCCGCCGACGCUCGUCCUGGAGGUGUUGGUGCACACACUGCCUGCCGCUGCCGCCUGCCAGGCCCGCGUCCUCGUGUUCCACCGGUCAGGGUUAUGCUACGUGGUGAUCUAUAUAAUCGUUUCCUCUCGUUUUCCUCGUCCUUGAGGAUUGCAUGUUUGUUUUGUAUUUAACGUUGCCGUAAGACUGCGCUUAGAAAGAAAACAAAGGACGAGAGAAAGAGCCGAGCCACUGCCUCGUGUGGCGGCCUGAAUGCCACAUCUUGGCGAGGCAGUUCAGGCAGUGGUGAACGAAGGGUCGCGGCCGCCAGUCACCAGGAAGAGUUUUGUUUAAUAUUCGACAUUUCUUGGUAAUACGUUUUCUGUAUUUUGUACUGUGAGCUUGUUUGUUUUUGUGCUGUUAGUUACUAAAACCCCAUUGCCAUUAUUAUCAUUGUUAUUAUUAUUAUCAAUAUUAUUAUAUCUUAUUACUAUUAUAAUAUUAUUAUAUAUUUAUUGUUAUCAUUAUUAUUAUUUUAUAUCAUUAUCAUAUAAUAUUAUUACUAUUAUUAUAAAAACAUUAUUACUAUAAUAUUUUUUUUUAUUAUUAUCAAUAUUAUUAUAAACAUGAAUUUAUCAAUAUUAUCGGUAUACCCAACAGUACCAUCAACUCAUCGUUUACAAUCAAUACAACCAAUAUUUUUGGAGAUUUCUCAUCUCAUUGCAUCUGGGCACCACUGAGGAAACGCGACCCUCACUAAGUUCUCCCCAGCGACGGACAUUGGUUAGUGGACAAGAAAUUUGCUGCGGCUGUAGAUGCCACGCGGACCCUGGCGUUCGGGUUUCGGCUUUGCGACUUCCCAUGACUUGUCUGGCUGAAGUGGGAACGAGAAUUUAAUGAGCUCAACCGCGUCCGCCUUCCUUAUUCGUGUAGUCACCCACACACGCACAAACACAUCCGGUCGCGUUGAACAUCCUGUGGACACUGCUGGAGAGCUGUUAACUUGUACAUAAGAUGAUAGUUAAGUGUGUCAACCGGUGUGUCUUGUAUCUUUAGCGAAAGCCAUAAAUUCGUGGACACUUUUUCUCGUUUUCGUGGGAAGUGAAGCGUAAAGGUGUGUGGGAGGUGUUAACACAGGUGGCAGGUGUGGGGAGAGUGUGAAGGGAUGUGAAAGAUAUGAUAAGUAUAUGUGUGAACUUGACAAGCGUGUGGUGGGGAGGGGGUAAGAUUGGUGGUAGGUUCAUUCACUAAUAAUUUCGAGAGGCUGGAUACCCUUGCGAGCUGUUUGCCAUAGGCAGGCCCGCCCGGGUGGUAGCACUGGUAGGUGUGUGAGUGAUGUAUUCUGGGAUGUGGCAGGUGUGUGGAAGGAGAAGACAGGUGUGGUAAAUGUGUGCUUGGAUGUGACAGAUGAAUAGAGGGCAGACACUAGCGGCAGGUGUAUGGAGGUGAGCCACGUUUCUUUAGGGGGCAUGCAUGUGUGUGUUGGGGGCGAGGUAAGGCAGGUGUAAGACAAACCAAUGAGUGCUUUCAGGAGUAAUAGCAAGUGUUAGUUGAGCCAGGUUUUGAAAGUUGUGAAUUAAGAGUUAAGGUAGAAUAGCAAAGAAAAAACUUAUGAAGGGUGUGAGUGUGUCAUUCGCCAUGGUUUGAUUACACACGGACCAGCAAGACCAAACCAGUGCCCUCCCCGAAAGAUAUUGGGGCUCAAGUGACAUAUAUUUGGGUACGGCUGGAAACUCACACCCACACACACCCAGGAAAACCUCGACCGACACUCAGUACCAAUUCACUAUUAUGUGGACAUGGGGCACGGAUAAAAAGGAGACUGCCCAUUCGUUUCCAUUACUCAUAGGUAUCGAACCCGGGACCUCUCGUUUCUGAGCCGAGCGCGCAAACACCUAUACUACAGAACUCCCUGUGUGUGUGUGUGUGUGUGUGUGUGUGUGACAAGUUAUCCCAACAGCGUAAAAGACCUGACAAGUUUGUAAGGUCCCAAGCGGAAGUGUUCCACGUUGGGGACACAAAACGUCACUUUCCCUUGCGGCAAUCAUUAAUCCGGAAGACGGACACUCGCUCUCGGCACGCCAGGGUCCGCGUGAGGCCGGGCCAAGGGGAGAACUUUUCUUAAACUAUUUUUGUAUCGAGGUAAGAAAGAAAAGAGAAAACAAUCUGUGACUGUAGUAUUGUCUUCGCCUCAUCGUCUCCCUCUCUCUCUCUCUCUCUCUCUCUCUCUCUCUCUCUCUCGCAACCCUCGCCUUUUAAGUAUCUGCGGCGGUGCGUGAUAAGGUAUCGGUGUCAGCCUGUGAUUUACUCUGCAUAUCUCUUAAGUAAUUUACGUAUGUCGAGGGUUCCUCUCUGUUAGGUCUUUGGUGUCGAGGAGAAGAGGACACACACACACACACACACACACACACACACACACACACACACACACACACACAAACCGUAGGCGACGAUGUUCUCUCUGAAUGAAAUGCUUGAAUCUCCCUAUUUUCAUGUUUUUAUUAUGAUUAUUAUUCUCAUCAUUGUUGUUACUCUCAUGAUAUAAACCUUUACUCCUGUCAUUCGCUCUCUUUCUCUCUCGUUUUCUCUCAUCUCCUUUAUGAGUCUCAAAGUCAUUCAGCCAAACUUGAUUUUCGUUUCUAGAACAGCAUUGUGAACUGUGUUGUAAAAAUGUCCCAUUGAUGGCAUGUUAAAAUGUAAAAGAAAUAAAUCCUAUCGUUUUGC